CGUGCCUCCGAGUGUACAGCGAUUCGGUCAUGUGACGGAGAAUGCCAACAUGGACCCGUGUCAAGGACGGACUCGAUUUACACUGCUAUAGACGACGAGGAACAACUUAUUACAUACUUUGUGCAGGUUUACUGGAUUGUAUUGCGAAAUUAUAAACGGAUUUUCUCGUCUGACGUUUCCCUGACAUCCUCUCUGCUGUAUCUGGCCUGGAUCAAUGGUAUCUAUCAGCAGCAGAACGCUGACUUUGGACAAUGAACUGUUUAGGGACAGUGGCAGCCCGUACUCCCCCAGCCUAGGGCAGGGCAUGGGCAGUGAUGGGGGCAGCUUGGUCUCAUGUUACAGCCCCGAGACCGGGGAGCUAGGAGCCUUGCUCAGCUCCAGUCCUGGAGAACAGGAGGAGGAGGACGAUGAGGAAGAGCAGUACAUGGACGAGGACGACGGGUCCAGUCUGCAUAUUUUUCUUGGCGCGGGCGGUGAGGAGGAGGAGCUCCAGGCGGCGGGCGAGGAGGCCGGCCUGCCGCAGUUCCCGCUCCGCCUGCCGUCCCCCUUCUCCCCGACCCUGGAGGACAUCGAGGAGUUCCUCCGGGAGAAGAUGGAGCUUGUCCGGGACGGCCGGCUGGGCUCUGUGCAGGAGCCCCCUCCGGCCUCCGUCUGCAGCAGUAGCAGCAGCAGCGAUGACCCUCCGUCCGUCAGCGAGCACGUUUUGCCCCUGUCCCCCUCCCAACUGGCAGCGGCGGCGCGCGGGGACCCGGCCGGCAGCUCCUGCCUGGGCUCGGACAGCCCUCAGAGCCCCCCGCCAGACCCCCGCCCGGCCCUCCCGCCUACUGCAGUCCAAAGAAGGACCUCAUCCCCGAUCAGAUACGUCUCCGUGGCCAGCUCUCCCUCCACCUCCAUCCCCCCCUCCUCCUCCUCCUCCUCCUCCUCCACCCCCCCCUCCUCCUCCUCCUCCUCCACCCCCCCCUCCUCCUCCUCCUCCUCCUCCACCCCCCCCUCCUCCUCCUCCUCCUCCUCCACCCCCCCCUCCUCCUCCUCCUCCACCUCCCCUUCGGCACCCCCAGUGGUGCUGGGCGCUCCCCUGGUGCUCCAGCUGCAGUCCCUGCCUCUUGCCCCGCCCCACGCCCACGGGAGUUCCCCCCCAGCCGGGGCGGCCCCCGCCACGGCGGUGCGCCUGGCCCACCUGGUGCUGGGGCUCCACGGCCCCUCUGGGCCCAACUUCACCCUGCUGUCCGCGCAGGGCGGCUCCGCCCACCACACCACACUGCUGUCCCUCAGCGGCACGGCGGACCAGAAGUACGUCAGGAUCGCCCCUCUGCCCAUCACCAUGAGAACUCUGGAAAUAACCAGCAUCGCGGGGGCUGGGGGCCCCAGCCUGCUGAAGGCAGUGGCCCCCAGGGUGACCAGAGUGACCAGCAUGUCAGAGACCCUGAGGGUCCACAAGUGCUCGCACCCGGGCUGUGAGAAGAUGUACACCAAGAGCAGCCACCUGAAGGCCCACUUCCGCCGCCACACGGGCGAGAAGCCAUACACCUGCAGCUGGCCCGACUGCGGCUGGAGGUUCUCCCGCUCCGACGAACUGUCCCGCCACCGGCGCUCGCACUCGGGCAUCAAGCCCUACGAGUGUUCGCUCUGCGAGAAGAAGUUUGCCCGCAGCGACCACUUAUCCAAACACACCAAGGUCCACCGCAGCUCCCGGCCCGGCCGCAUCAUCAGUGCCACCGUGUGACGCCUUCACCCCCCCAUCCCCCCACCCAUCACUACGCCGGGACCCCGAGGCGUCCACACUAUCCCCAAUCAGCUCUUUGACUCUGGGCAUAAAGGGAGCAGAGCUGAACGGUGCUGACCCUUGAUCUCUCCGUCCCGCCUCCACUCAGCUCCCCUGUGGUGCUCCUCCUGACCUGUCAUUGGUCGCUUCCAGUGCGUUUUCUUCUUCCAAGCAGACUAUUCCAUGGCGCUAUAACAGUAAGCUAGAGAAGGAGGAACCGUUGUGCAAUGUGAGAAUUGAUUUGAUGGCCUUCGCCCAGUCACGAUGUUGCUAGCCUUUCGAUAUGACGUCCAUCAGACGUUUUGUCAUGAAGUGAAGGCCUAAGCCAUUGCGUGCACUAGAUAUUUUUCCCAUAUUACCCAAAUGUUAUUUUUGGAAGUCCACUUGUAAGUUUUGGAGCUGGCAUCACUGAACAUGAUGAUAUUCAUUUAACAUUAGCAAGGGUUGUAUAUCAGUAUAUCAUCAACUUACAAAAUUAAGCUGAUAUAUAUAUAUAUAUACUGUAUAGAAAUAUCAUUUUUUCCUACUCUCUAAAUUUAGAGAAAAUGUUUCCAGUUUUUGCAUAUCUUAAUGUGCUCAAAAUCCUUCCUACAAUUUGUGCAUACAAUACAAACCAUGACCUUUUUAUGCACACGUUAAAUCAUGAUCCACGAGUACAAGCCUAUUGCCUUCAUCAAUGCAGAUAUCCAUUGAUGCCUUUUGACCCUGGGGGUGUGGGAGAAGAUCACCUGAUCUUAAUUCAGAACAACUACGACUGCUCUUAUUUAACUGUGAUGAAUAGGAGGGGGCUGCCAAGCCAGAAUCCUUGUUCUGGUCCUCUGCGAGCAUGUAAAAUACACUCUCGCUGGGUGACCUAAAAUUCUUGGCAGCGCUUUGUGCGCUUUCUUUCUGAAGUCACAGAGCUCCCCCACGGCUAAUGUCACUCACCCUCUCCAUGGCACACAUAUGUUAUAAGACUUGACUCUGUAACGCAUAUUUACUGCAUUGAAAGUACUGUAAACAUUUUGUUUCAUAGUUUUAGUGCAACAGCAAGAAAAGCUAAUGUUUUACCAGACCUGGAAGGGCAGCUAAUCAGUCAAAACAUCAGUCGUCGCCUGUUCCAAGUAUAAUGUCUACCCAUAUAAGUGACUCAUAUUAACCCAUGUACAGAGAUAGUAUAGUAUCCCUCAAAUAGAUGUAUCAAAUAGGAUUUUUUUCAACCAGUGCAUUAAGCUAUUUAGCAUUGCUUUCUGGCCACCUCUUUGGUCUGUGAGUCUGAUUGUAGUGUGAUCAAUCCCUGACAUGUCGUCAAGGGGACUGACGGUCCCACUGGUGGUGGACUUUUGGGCUUUUGGACUCAUGCCCUCUACCCUUCUGUACAUUACAACCAUAAGAGAUGAAUCUGCUGUUCUCAAGUGCAUUUUUUUUCCUUUCAUUUUUAUUCACUGAAAAGCGAAGUGCGGCAAGGCACUCAACCGAUUAACUUCCACCAAUUUACCAGAGUGAAGAAUCUGAACGCUAAAUGCCAAAAUGUUAUGAUUAUUUUUCUAUUAAAGCAAGGAAACCGCAUUUCCAUGUUGUUAUCACAGACAUAACCCAUGAAAAAACAUCCAGGAGUAACAGUUCUUCUUUUUCCAUUUAUCUGUGUUAUGAGCAGCAGAUGCAAUCUUAACCAUCCUUGCAAUAUAAUUAUAUUGUUGUCUAAACCCACCUUCAAAUCAAUUAUAAAAGCCAUUGUUGUUGCUGCUGUUAAGAACAUGACAGGACACAUUUUGUUACGCAAAGCUACUGUACAUAAUGUGGGCUUAAAGUGCUUUCGAACAGCAAAAGUAAAAGUUUUGUGAGUCCUUCGCUAAACAGCAAAUGUAUUUGGGCAGUAGAAGGCAACCCAGUCUCACGGAAAUGAGUGACACUGUCACGUCACGUCGUUUAAUCUAUUCAUUCACUUGGACACGUAAUUUCCAUUUUUUUCUCAUUUUUUUUUCAAAUUUCUAACAAUAUGACAUCUUUCGGCCACCCGUUUCUACUUUCACCUUUGAUUCUGAGAAAUUGUGACAAUUCACGGAUUUAGUUAAUGCAGGUGCGCUGCUCUGUAGGCAAAAAAGACUGGGUUGUAGAAGGACAUGAUUGUCGUCUAUUUUUGGGGAAUGUUGUCAAUGUAGGUCAUGUUUUAUUUUAUUUUUAUGUUGAAAUUAAUGAAGAGAUUCAUCUCUGCUGUGACAAUGAAGCUAAAGGUAUUGGCUGGACGUUCAAUCUGAUACAUGGUGCUUGCUGACUGGUGCUUUCACUGACGUGAGUUUGGACACAAAAAUACCUGCAAUCUAGCUCUGUAACUGCAGCGCCUCUGAGAGCUGAGCGCGUCCAGUGCUCCACUACACAACGGGCCGGCCUCUCUUUGGCCUCUCGCUGAAAUUUUGAGCAUCUGUAUUUUGAUUUGUUGAAAACAUGUAGAAAUUAAUUUGAAAGGAUGGACAGACCGAUGGACAGGCAGAUGACCGACGUGUGUAUGUCUGAACCAGUAAUGUUAUUGUCUGAGCCUCCCCAGGCUGCUUCCAAUGACCUACAUCCAAGCCUGCAUUCUAUUAUUCAUUCUCUCUCUCUCUCUCUGACACUCUCUCUCUCCGUCUGUGUGUGUCUGUGUGUGUGUUUGUGUGUGUGUGUGUAUGCUUGUUCUGCUCGUAUUUCAGUAAUACAGGCACUUUUUUUGAUUACCAGAAAUGCUAUUUUCCUAUUCACAAAAUAAAGUUUGCAAAGAGCCU